CCUCCGGCAUCUUUCUUCACCAGCUACCUACAGUGAAGUGCAAGAGGAAGCAAAGCAAUUUAGAAAACAACCAAUUUUUACAGUAGAAUUGUCUAGCUGCCGAUCGGCAAUGGCGACCAAGAUCUACAUCGUGUACUAUUCGAUAUGGGGACACGUCGCGACGCUUGCGGAGGAGAUUAAGAAGGGCGCCGACUCCGUCCCCGGCGUUGAGGUCAGCGUCUGGCGGGUGCCGGAGACGCUGCCGGAGGAUGUGCUGGGGAAGAUGCACGCGGCGCCGGGGCGUGAGGAUCACCCCGUCAUAACGGCACGGCAGCUGGCUGAGGCCGACGGCAUCCUGUUCGGCUUCCCGACGCGGUUCGGCAUGAUGGCCGCGCAGAUGAAGGCCUUCUUUGACUCCACCGGCGGCCUCUGGCAGGAGCAGUCCCUUGCCGGCAAGCCCGCGGGCGUCUUCUUCGCCACGGGCACCCAGGGCGGCGGCCAGGAGACCACGGCUCUCACGGCCGUGACGCAGCUGGCGCACCACGGCAUGCUGUUCGUGCCUGUCGGCUACACGCACGGCGCCGCCAUGUUCGCCAUGGACGAGGUCAAGGGCAGCAGCCCAUACGGAGCUGGUACCUUCGCCAGCGCCGAUGGCAGCAGAAUGCCCAGCGAUGCCGAGCUUGCCUUGGCGGCGCACCAGGGAAAGUACUUUGUCGGGAUCGCUAAGAAGCUCAAGGCCGUCUGAACUGCUCACGGCACGGGGUUUCGGGGAUUGCACAUCGUGUAUGCAUGAUUUCCAGUUGCACAUCGUGUAUGCAUGAUUUCCAGUUGCACAUCGUGUCAGCUGGAUAAAAGUUUAUUUAUUUACCAAUUACUAUAAUGUACUUCCCCUCAAAUUUUUUUUUACUAUAAUGUACUGGUUUCUAUUGUAAUUUUCUUUAAGCUAUUUCUAUA